UUUAAUGUGAUUAAAAACUGAGAGACGCUUCUACAUAUACAUAACCGUGUCAUAAUUCCUAUGUAAACUCGACUCACGUGGAUAUGGCGCUACAUGUGAAAAUGCAACCAAAAUUACUUAAUGUAAACAGAAUACCUGGUCAGCCGAAAAAACGUAGGAAGAUCACACUUGUAUUUGAUGAAAAAAAGAGACGAGACUUUUUGAAGGGAUUUCAUAAAAGAAAAGUACAGCGGCAAAAGAAAGCUCAAGAAGAAUUGCAGCAACAAUUGAAACAAGAACGGAAGAAAAUUAAACAAGAGGCACGAGAACGUUACAAAAACUUAGUGUCAAAUCGAGACAUUCCUGAAAUUCAACAGUUAUUGUCUCAACAAGAAUAUGAAACAGAAGGACAUACCGUUAGCAUUUUAGAAUUAAACGUUGCAGAUCUAACAGAGAAAGAUACAUUUAUUGGGGAGAAUAAAGGUAUUAAUGAUGUAGAAAAUACGAAUGAAGAAGAGAAUGAUGAAAAUUCUGAAGGUGAUGAAGAAAUUGUAGGAAUGGCAUUAGACAAAAAGAAGAAAAUCAAAAACGCAAAACAAAGUACAGAAAAUAAGCCAAUUGACAAUAAAAAAGAUUUAAAGCGGGCAAUAAAGAAAGCUGCAUUAAAGCAAGUGAAAAACAGUAGAGUAUUCCAACAAAAACAAAAAUUGGAGCGUCAAAAAAAUAAGAAAGAAAGUAUGAGAAAGUUGAAGAGGGUACAAAAAAUUCAGAAACGUAAUGGGAAAUUUAAAAAGAAA